GGGAGCUCUAAAUCAGGCGUCUCGGUGCGGUGCUUUAUGGGGAAUGUAGUGUUAAAGCUAUAAUAACCUCUUUGCAGUUCGUCAUAUCUAUAAGCAAGACACCAUGAAUUGUUUUUAGACUCGGAAUACUUUUUUCCUUAUAAACGUGGAAAAAGAAGCGGAGCUUCGCCGACCGCAUUCGGGCUUUCCGCCCUAUCGACCCCCGAAUAUGUUGCCGCGAGUCCCCGUUGGUAGCGCUCAGGCGGACGGCGUGAAGCCGCGCAGGGCACGCCGUGACUGUGCGCACAGCCUGCUGACCGCCGCCCUUCUGUGUUUCAACGCGGUCUCCGUGAGAGCUGACUGCACUUCACCUGAUGCCCAAGACAAUAUGGUUUUGGCUGGGGGAGUCCUGUCGAAAAAUACUUUCUCUGAGGGUUCAACUGCUACCUUCCAGUGUGCUGUUGGUUAUGUUCAGAAAGGAGGCUCAAGAACCACAUCCUGCAUCGAAGGAAAAUGGACUAAAGUAACCCUGAAAUGCCAAAAAAAAUCCUGUGGUUCGCCUGGGGAGGUGACGAACGGGAGAUUCGAUAUUAAUGAAGGGAUUGAAUUUGGUGCCAGAAUUAAAGCAAUUUGCAAUGAAGGCUAUGAGAUUGUAGGCCAGGCUUAUAGAGAGUGUCUUGAUCAAGGCUGGAGUGCAAGAAUUCCUACAUGUGAAGUGGUACAGUGUGACGAGCCUCCUGAAAUCUCAAAUGGAACGAUUGUAUCAAGACCCUCCACUGAAUACCCACAGUAUCGGGACACCAUUGAAUACAAAUGCAAUGCUGGCUACACGCUUGUUGGGGAAAAUCAUAUAAUGUGUAACGCUGUUGGGCAAUACGAACCACAAGCUCCGGAAUGCAGAAAUAUCACUUGUGAGACUCCUAUGGUUCCCAAUGGCCACCGGAUUAAUGGAGCCCCGCCACCUUAUAAAUUAGACCAUUUUGUUACAUUUGAGUGUGACAAUGGCUAUGAAAUGGACGGCAGGCCACAAAUGACAUGUAGAGUAGAUGGCUGGUCACACAGGCCAACCUGUAUGAGAGUUAAAUGUGGUGAGCCUCCUGAAAUCCCAAAUGGAAGGAUUGUAUCAAGACCCUCCACUGGAUUCCCGCAGUAUCAGGACACCAUUGAAUACGAAUGCCAUGCUGGCUACACAUUUGUUGGGAAAAGUGCUAUAACAUGUAAUGCAAACAGGAACUACGAACCACAAGCUCCGGAAUGCAGAAAAAAAUCCUGUGGUUCGCCUGGGGAGGUGAAGAACGGGAGAUUUAAUAUUAGUAAAGGGAUUGAUUUUGGUGCCAUAGUAGAGGCAAUUUGCUAUGAAGGCUAUGAGAUUGUAGGUCAGGCUUAUAGAGAGUGUCUUGAUCAAGGCUGGAGUGCAAGAAUUCCUGAAUGUGAAGUGGUACUGUGUAACAACCCUCCUGAAAUUUCAAAUGGAACGAUUGUAUCAAGACCCUCCACUGAAUACCCACAGUAUCGGAACGUCAUUGAAUACGAAUGCAAUGCUGGCUACACGCUUGUUGGGCAAAAGCAUAUAAUGUGUAACGCUGAUGGGCAAUACGAACCACAAGCUCCGGAGUGCAGAGAUAUCACUUGUGAGACUCCUGUGGUUCCCAACGGCCACCGAGUUUAUGGAGCCCAGCCACCUUAUAAAUUAGACCAUUUUGUCACAUUUGAGUGUGACAAUGGCUAUGAAAUGGACGGCAGGGCACAAAUGACAUGUACUGUAGAUAGCUGGUCACACAGGCCAACCUGUACGAGAGUGCCUCCUCUAUUUCCAACUGCUAGUCCGACGAAAGGUCCAGAUGACUCAGAUAAAGAUGCCUUGAAAAUCAUUUUGGCAGUUUUUUCUGUUAUUGCUGCUCUUGUUGCUGUUGCUGUUGUUUACGUCGUCUUCCGCAAGAAAAAGGGUGAUUACUACACCAGAGAGGAAGACCCCAAGGCUACGACAGCUUAUUAGGGCUUGUUCUCAGAUUCUUGCUCAAGGACAGCGGUUUAUAACCGGACUGCUCCCACUCCUUAGGGUCAUCCUCACUUUGAGAGGACCAUCAAGUUUGAUCCCCAGCUGCCAUGGCUGCCCAGGCAUUCACUGUGCUGCCUCCUGUUUUCUCGCUCGACAUGUUACGCAGUGGACCCACCCCGGUAGAAGCCUCCCCAAGCUAAUACAGAUUCGGCCAGCCAUUUACACACACUGGAGCUGUUUUUAGAUUGGUUAUAAACCAGCUGGAUGUCUUUUGACAGGGCUUCAUCCUGCCCUUAGUAAUGACCAGAGGUGGAUAGUCCAGGUUCAAAAAAGUAUAAAGGCUCACAGUCACAGAGUGACUCAACUGGUUGGUUGAAACACCAUCUUGGUCUGGAUUUUUACUUUGUGGACCUGAACUAUGCAUCUGAUGACACAGUAUUGUGUCGUACCACAGGAAAUUUGCACACUUAUCGUUUCCAUUAGGUUUUUAAAUAAAAUGUUAAUAUCACUAAAGCAGUUAGAAUUUAGAAUUCAAUAAUGAAAUGGUCUUCUGUACGUAUGCAAUUGGUCUUUCUGAUUUUUGCUGAAUCUGUGCAUGUAUGUAGACACGGAAAAGUCUCACUGCGUAACAUGUAGUAGUACGUGUGCUUCAGGAGUAAACCGACUUCCCUAAUGGAAGUGCACUAAAGCAGCUUUUUCACACGGAAUGUGACGUGCCUAUUGUGCCCUGAAAGCGGGGCUCCCCUGUCACCUCUAUCCGUACGCGCAAUGAUUGCUUGCCCAGCGGCUACGAGCAGAGAGUGAUUUGCUGCCUUAGUGUGGCUGCUGUGCUUGUCGCUCUAACAGACUUUAAAUAUAUACAGUAAGGGUUGGGAUUGACACGUCCACAUGCUCUUUAACACAUAUGCUAUAUGUAAUUACAUCACUGUCUGAUAUUUGUCCUGUCUUGCCUGUGCUGUGCGCAGAUGCGUUUGUGUGUAUGGCUGGGUAUAUUUAUCAAUCUAAUGGUAUACAUGGUUGUAAUCUUUAACAACUACUUAUUUAAUUGUUUGCCCGACUUGUCCUCUAUUAUUACUGUAAAUAUUCUGGGAAAAAAUGCUUCUCUGAAAACCAUCAGGUCACCCAAAAUUUGCUUGUAAAUGUUUUGAUUUUAUAUCCAGUAAGUUAAUCUACCUAACAAGUUAUUUAUGAAAGGAAUCGCUCGUACAUCGCAGUGGAGUCGAAAAGUGUCAGGGCUGGGAUUAAUGCUGUAUUCCCAAUGACUAUGCCUUUCAUGUAUUCAAUAAAUUAAGAGCUUUCUCAGUU